AUGAUUGUUCAAAUGUUCAAGGAACUACUCAUCCUUAUGGUUAUCCUAGCUGUCUUCCUCGUAUCCUCGGAUGUUGCAAUGCUGAGUCUCCUAUACCCCUACCGGACGGAAUUUAAUGCCUCAGUUCUGCUGGACGUUGUCUACAUACCCUACUACCGCAUCUACGGUGAAGUGAACCUCGACGAGUCGAACGGUAUGUUUACUGUUAACUCAUGGCGCACAGCGAUGGGGGAGAGGGUGUCUCCGGGCUGA